AUGGCUCCAGCUCAGAAAAAAAAACGAUGCAUCCUAGCCCGAUACGCCAAACAUCCAGUUUCUCCCCCUUUCGCCCUAAAAUACGCCCGCAAUGCGUUGCUGUUCAUCUGGGUUGUCCAACGCAUGCGGCGUACUCCACCAGAGGCGGGUGCCGAUUGCUGGGCCCGCGAAGACCCUGCCGACACCAAGCCAGCUGGUGGGGAUGAUGGAUGCGAGGGGCUGCUGGGUGGUCGUGCAGCACCUCGCGCUCGGCUGGCGGUUCGCAUGCUGCCGCGUCCAGCGCCAGCUCCAGACGCGCCCUGGCGACCUCCAGGCAGCGGCCCUUUGCGCGUUCUUCUGUAUUCCAUCAUCCAUAGUGGUGGGCGUCAUUUAGCGGGAGACGCCCAGACCCGGCGCCGUUUCUUGGUGAGGCCAUGUGCACAAGCGGGCCUUUGCACCUUCAAUUUUUGCCGAGGCACGGCACUAACACCUCUUGGCAAGGUGCUGACUGACUGCGCCGACGUAGCGGCUUUAUUAUUAUUAUUAUUAUAA